AUGCCCUCCCCUGCAUUGAUCUUCAUGGCCGUCUUCUUCCUGGAGUCACUGGCUGCAGUGCUGCAGAAUGGCUUCAUCGUUACUGUGUUGGGCAGGGAGUGGGUGCGAUGCCGGAUGCUCCCUGCGGGUGAUAUGAUUGUGGCCUCCUUGGCCGCCUCCCGGUUCUGCCUGCAUGGGGUGGCCAUCCUGAACAACCUCUUGACCGUCUUUGAUUUUCAUUCCAUACUGGACUAUUUCAACAUUCUCUGGACCUUCUUUAACACUCUCUCUUCCUGGCUCACCGCCUGGCUUGCUGUCUUCUACUGUGUGAAGAUCGCCAUCUUCUCCCACCCUGUCUUCUUCUGGCUGAAGUGGCGGAUUUCUCGGUCAGUGCCCAGGCUGCUGCUGGGCUCCCUGCUCGUGGCUGGUCUGACGGUCAUCUCAUCAAUCACUGGGACUGUAUUCCUUAGGCAGAUGACUGCCUCCGAGAGUUCCCAAGGAAACAGGACCCUGGCUCAUAGAGUACAGAGCUAUUGGCGCUUUUCACAACCUCAUGCAAUACUUCUGUGGUUGACCCCAUUCCUUCUGUUCUUGGUGUCCACACUUUUGCUCAUGUUCUCUCUGCACCGGCACUUGGGGCAGAUGAGAGAUCAUAGACUGGGCCCACGUGAUCCCAGCACCCAGGCUCACAUCACGGCCCUGAAGUCACUUGCCUUCUUCCUUGUCUUCUAUACAUCAUAUAUUCUGUCCCUGAUUGUCGUUAUUGUGAAAAUCACAACCUUCCAGGGUCACUGGCGCUGGGCCUGGGAAGUGGUGACCUACACAGGUAUCUGUCUGCACUCCAGCAUCCUGGUGCUAAGCAGCCCCAAGCUGAGAAAGGCCCUGAAGACCAGGCUUUGGAAAGCUCUGGACAAAGGCAGGUUUAUCUCAAGUUAUCAGUUUCAAUAA